UUGUGAACCUUCUCAAUAACCAAACUUCUUACAACCUAGAUUCACCCGAACCUGUUUGGUUUAGUACCGAGCAGUCUGUAAUCAUGGAUAACACCCCUGUUUCUGAUCCGCCAGCUUCCAAGGAGAGGAGAAAAUGGUCUCUCAAAGAGGAUAGAAUCCUCAUAAGCGCUUGGCUUAACACGAGUAUAGACGCUGUGGUCGGCAAUGAGCAGAAGGCUCCUCAUUUCUGGAAGAGAAUUGUAGAGUACUACAACUCAAGCCCUCAUCUGGUAGGGACAAUACCUAGAGAGCUUGGUCAGUGCAAGCAAAGGUGGGCUCGGAUUAACGAGCUAGUAUGCAAGUUUGUUGGUAGCUAUGAAGCAGUCCUGAGGGAGCAGAGGAGUGGGCAAAAUGAUGAUGAUGUGAUGAAAGCUGUCCUCGAUAUCUUCUACAAUGAUUACUCCAUCAAGUUCACACUGGAACAUGCUUGGAGGGAGCUGAGGCAUGACAAGAAAUGGUGCUCCUCCUUUCUCGCUAAGGGCAAUGCGAAGGAAAAGCGCAAGCAGGCGUUGGAGGCUGAUGGAGAAGAUGCGGUGAGAGCAGGAGAGAGUAGACCUAUUGUUGUGAAGGCUGCUAAAGCUUCGCUAAAGAGGAAGAAAAAUGGUAGAGAUGAGGAGUUGGAAAAGAUUCAAGGCAUUAUGGAGAUGAAAGACAAGAUAUCUAAACGCAAAGUGCUUGAGCGUUUGCUUGCCAAAACUGAUGAUUUUUCGGAGAUGGAAACAUCUUUGAAACUGAAACUGAUGUCAGAGAUGUUAUGAUGCAAAGUAGUACAAGGUCUCAGUCACGGGUUAGAGUGAAGGAAGUCACGGAGUGUUAUGUUGCAGGUGUUUUUUUUUUC